AUGUAUUUGUCCAUCAAGUUGAAAAAGAUGACAUCAAGUCGGAGGCAUCAUCUGAAGAGCCUGAUGCUGUCGAUCGCCAAAGACCUGCUGGAGGCUGAGGCAGCUGAGGCAGUGGAGGAGAGGAACAGGUACAUGGAGGAGAACUGCCCCGCCCUGUCCUUACCUGACUCCAUACAGGAGCUGCAGGAACUCUGCAAGAAGCUCCACCAGAAGAUUGAUACGGUUGAUGAGCAGAGAUACGACAUGGCGAGCAAAGUCGGCAAGUGUGACAAAGAGAUUGAGGAUCUGAAAAUGAAAGUGCAGGACCUGAAGGGCAAGUUCAAGAAGCCAGCUCUGAGGAAAGUGCGUAUGUCUGCUGAUGCCAUGCUGCAAGCUCUGCUGGGCUCCAAACACAAGGUCAACAUGGACCUGAGGGCCAACCUGAAACAGGUCAAGAAGGAGGUCAAAGAGGAGGAAAAGGAAGCUAUUGGUGACUGGCGUAAGAACAUUGAGGAUAAGGCUGGCAUGGGUGGCAGGAAGAAGAUCUUUGAGGCAGAGGCCUAAAUCAACCUCCAUUGCUGGACUAUAUAUUUUCUGAUUAUUUGACAAUGAACCAAGUUGGAUUGUUGGUAUAUUUGUAUUACUGCUGGCCAGAUGUCCCUCCAUUUCAGCUUCAUUCAUUUCCUGUGACAUAUACAGCAGAUAGUAACAAAAGGCAGAUGUAUGGAACAAAUGUUACUAUUUUGCAAAUUUAUACAGUAC